AUGACGGCAUGUGUCGCUCAUUUCAAGGAGCAGACGCGCGCUGGAGAAAGGCUUGGACAGCCACCACGAUGCACCACGAAAACGGGGCCGCAGGCCCUGUAUCCUACAGAGGUGGAUGUUCGAUUCCCACCGGGAGUUUGGAGCGAUUUUCCCAAAGGGACGCUUGGUGACGAGGUGAAAACGGCCUUGAGUUUUUGCUGGGACAAUAUUAGACCGGCGCUGCCCAAGGAGAUUGGGGUAGCAGCCUUAGUUGAUAUCUGUGAACUAGGAUGCAGGCAUUAUGUGGAGAAUUUCCCAUCAUUCCUCAAGCCGCCAAGUGAGUGGGGACCUGUGCGGAAGGCACGGGUGAUGGCCAAAGACGCUGACUGGUUUGCUGUGGCGCAGGGUUUGAUUGAAGCGGGGGUCUUUGGGGUUGUCCCUGAAUCUGAAGUUUUCCGGGUGAAUUCAAAGCUGCUGCUCAACGGCCUUUUUGGAGUUGAGAAAGGCGAGGAAGACCAGGGAAUUCCUAUCUACCGCUUGAUUAUGAAUCUGGGCCAGAAACUUUCCAAAUACGUUACCAUUGCCUACCACCUCAUGGAGGAGACCAUGGCCACACAGCGCCAGAUGCAGGUGGCAGCAGGCACAACCUCCGGUGAGAUGAAGGCAAAUCGGGGCGGACGCAUCCUGAGCAUUGGCCUCUUCGAUGGCAUUGGAAGUUUGCGUGUGGCGCUUGACUUGCUGGGCUGCGAUGUUGCGGGGCACAUCUCAGUGGAGAAGGACCCUGGGGCGCGACGCGUGGUCGAACACCAUUUCCCUGGCACGAUUCAUUACCCUGACAUCGUCGAGGUGAAGGAGAAAGACGUGAAAGCGUGGGCACUGGCUUUCGGACAGGACAUCAUUGACAUGGAGAAGCGCGAGCUCUGGCUUGUCGGGGAAACGCCCUGGGAGGAAUGUGUCCAGAAAGGUGGGCGGUGCGAACGAAAUUUCGCCAUGCCAAAGGUCGUCUUUGAGGGAACCACACAAGCUAGGAGAGCGAUUGAUCGGCAAAAAUUAGGCAGUUUGAAACAACUAACAGUGCAGCCUUCCACACGGGCAUGCGAUGACAAGGCCUUACAAAAGUUCCUUGGUUUUCUAAAAGCGGAAGGGUUGGAGUUGCCACGGAAGCGUGAACUUUUAGACACGCUAGUCAUGGAGUAUGUGGAACAUCUCUGGAUUUCGGGGGAGGGGCGUGGACUGGCCGCCGACACCCUGGCGUCACUACAAGACUAUGACGCAAAGUUGCGUGGACACCUUCCAGGUUCAUGGCGCUUAGUCAAGACAUGGGUAACGCAUGAGCUGCCCAACAGGGCGCCACCGGUGCCUGAGUUGGUCUUGCACAGCAUGGUAGGAUGGGCACUCUACCAUGGCCACUUCGCUUUUGGCACUAGCUUGCUCCUUUGCUUUUACGGAAUUUUAAGAACUGGAGAACUGCUAGAUGUGAACCGAAGCCGAAUUGAGAUUUCCCCGAAGCUCCGGACGGCAGUGGUUUCCCUGAAGCUAACAAAAGCCGGAAAGAGAGCCGGAGUGCAGGAGAGCAACGUGAAGUGGCGCAAGCCACACAAGCCACCGGUGAAGCCUUUCGACACCAAUAGGUGGAAGUUCAAGGGCAACGCCUGGAGGGGGAACAAGCCCUACUUUGGGAAGUAUGCCUUGCAGAUUCUAGAGGAGGCAUGGAUUAACCCCACGAACAUCGAGGCCUGCCGUCGGAUGAUGGUGCGAACCACGCGAAAGGAUGGCGGCAAGGUCUGGCUGCGCGUGUUCCCUCACUCCGCCAUUACCUGGCGUGGGAAGGAAACGCGCAUGGGUGGAGGGAAAGGUACGAUCCAGUACUGGGUCCAGGCAGUGCGCCCGGGCUUCAUCCUUUUCGAAUUGGAUGGCUGCACUGAGGCCACUGCCCAUCGUGCCUUCAACUACUGCAGCCGCUAUCUGCCCUUCAAGACGAAGAUGCUGGUAAAGGACACCCCUUCACGCUUCGAGCUGGGGCUCGCAGGUUCCGUGCCCAGCGCAGUCUGCCGCCGCAGCUCUGCUUGGCUCCGAAUCCGGGUGGCGUUGAUGUUCACGAUCUCGGCAUGUAGGAUUGUCUCGGUCAACGGUGUUGCAUUGCUUGGGCUCUUGGCAGACAUCAACUUGCGCUCAUUGAACUCAGACGAAGCCAUGGAGGUUCAGGCUGCCAACGUGUUGGGCCGUUCCCCUCCCCGAGGCCCCGCGGCGCGUGCGACCCCCGUGCCGGCCACUCGCUCGCCGCUGUCGCGCGGUGGGCUGACCGGUCCGAUGGGACCAGCGCCCCGCCCGGGCUCGAUGCUGGUGCGCAAUCGCGUGGCCAACAGUUGGGGAGCCCCGGUGAACACCGGUGAAAGUUCGCUCCGUGAGAUCCCCCUUUCCUGGUGCCCCAAAGUGCUCAAAAGUGGUGUCAGCUUCGUCAGGAGGACCAACUCCGACAGCCCAACGACCACCAGGCGCAACCCUUCCGGCACCACAGAAGGCGCUGCUGAGUACCGUGACUGCGGACACGGCCGGUCUACGAAGUACUUCUACGUGCAUCCAAAGACGGGACUGCAAGUGAUUGACACCUUUCUGGCCGACCCCAUGAAGUUCUUCACUCGCAUGUCUUGGACAGCCGAAGGCCGCAUGGGGGCCAACAAUGGAAAGCGCUCCCGCCGUGGUGAAGGACAAGGUGCAGUGCAGGGCUAUGUGCCUCAGAAUGGCCUUCUCUCCGUCCCGACCCCGAUCCGCAGCACCAGCGCGCCCAGCCUACCAGGCGAACCGCCCCUGGCGCCACCCGAACCACCGGGUCCACCGGCACACGGCGCAUGUGCUCCGUGUCCUCCGGGCUUGGGCGCUGCGAUGCCGGAGGGCCCAGGCGCGAAGCGGCGCGAAGCAGAUCGGAGUUCCGGUGCGCCUGAUGGCGACUGGAAGACCAUCGAUUUAGGCACCGGAGAGAGGGCGAGAGGAGAGGACUGCAGCGAGAGAGGGCGUGAGGACCUUCGGCAGUGGGCCCCCUCUUCUCCGAUGGUCCAGGCCUCGCGACAGGGCAUCAUGAACCACUUGCCGUGGCUGGCGGAGAAGCGCACCACGCUCUUGCAGCUUCUGGCGGAAUGGUCGCAGAGCCAAGGUUACUUCUUGGGACUUUGGGAGCAGAAGCGGAAGAACCUCACUGGGGCCAGGCAACUCUUCGAAGAAGGUGCCCGCUUUGGGGAGGGCAAGGCCAUGACCGAGCUGGGCGUGGCCUAUCGGGAUGGCUGGGGCGGAGCAAAGGACCUGGACCUGGCCACGCAGUGGUUCGAGCGCGCGGCGGAUUUCACCGUCGAGGCGAUGCACCAGAGCUAUUUGAUGUACUCCCAGGAGACUCCACAGCGCUUGGCCAAUGAGAGCUUGGCCCAGCUCUUCCUCGAGCGCGCGGCGCGGAUGGGCCACGAGGAAGCCAUGAAGAGGUGGGUCGAACCACUUGCACGUGCCAAGCGCUGGCAGGAGGUGGUGCCCUGGCUCCUGCGCAUGCAGAGCAAGGCCUCCUUGGUGCAGUUCGUGAAGCUGCAGAAGGCCUCGGUGCCCAUCGCGCCCUUCCACAUGUAUCGCGCCGAGCAGCUCCUCAGCGACCUAGCGCAGCAGGGCUUCGCGGACGCCGCGCAGCUGCUCGCGCGGCUGAAGACGAGCACCGCCCGGGAGGGCGGUGGGGAGCUGUGA